UUAAGCCGGAGCUGCGGCAGCUGCAGACACAGUCAAAGGCUCCUCUCCUCCACCACCUCCUCCACACUGCAGCUCUCCUGGAUGGUGGAGCCAUUUCGCCUUUACCUUCUGCUGCAGUGGCUGCUAUUUUAUUGAUCUGAUCACACAGUGGGAUAACGGGACAUAUCACGGACAUUUUUACGCGCUGGAUUGUACGCCUCUACACGUCGAGCCGCGUCAAGAUGAUGCUGCACUGAGACAGACGCAAAAAGGCUCCCACUGGCUCGAGCUCAUCCCGAGGCUGCAGUGCACGGAGGGGGGGGGAUUGCGCUACAGCAAGGUUAAUAAUCACCGUCGAGAAAGGUCGUCUCUGCGAGCAGGGAAGCGACUCGAACGGGUGAACAUCGCCCCUGUGCGGGGGGAUCGGCGGAGAGAUAUAGAUCCAUAAAAAAAUUAUGGCCACCCUACUGCGGAAGAUCGGUCUGAUCCGUCUGCACGACCGAGACACCGAGGACCCGAAGCACCACCAGGGCUCGUUAAAGGGGACCAAGGGGAACCAGAAGAACAACGCCAACAAGCACUGUCAGACCGCCAACGAAGCCAACAUCCUGAGCACGCCCGAGAUCAAGGCGAGGAAGCUGGACCAGCACGGAAAGGAUAAGCAGGGAAAGGAUGCGAAGGAGAAGCUGCAGACGGGGGGAGGCAGCAGCAAAGCGACCAGCGCCUCCUCGAUAGCACCGCUGGCGCCUCAGCGGCCACACUGCACCCAGGUCCGGACGCGGAGGCUGAUGAAGGAGCUGCAGGAGAUCCGGAGGCUAGGGGACAACUUCAUCACGGUGGAGCUGGUGGAGGACAACCUGUACGACUGGAACGUCAAGCUGCACCAGGUGGACAAGGACUCGGCGCUGUGGCAGGACAUGAAGGAGACGUGCACCGAGUUCAUACUGCUCAACGUCACCUUCCCCGACAAUUUCCCCUUCUCGCCGCCGUUCAUGCGGGUCCUGACGCCCCGGUUGGAGAACGGCUACGUGCUGGACGGCGGGGCCAUUUGCAUGGAGCUGUUGACCCCCCGCGGAUGGUCCAGCGCCUACACGGUGGAGGCGGUCAUGAGGCAGUUUGCGGCCAGCCUCGUAAAAGGACAGGGACGUAUAUGUAGGAAAGCAGGAAAGUCCAAGAAAGCGUUCAGCCGUAAGGAAGCCGAGGCCACCUUCAAGUCCCUGGUGAAGACCCACGAGAAAUACGGCUGGGUGUCUCCGCCCGUGUCCGACGGCUGAGUGUUCAACCGCCGACCCCCUGAUCCCCCCCGUGCUAGCCGGACAAACCCAGCUAGCUCCGACACGCAAAACGACACACCACGCUAACUCAACAAUCUUUCAUCUUUACCUUUUGCUGUUUUACACAAGAGCUUUUUUUUUUUUUUUCGGUUUCGUGGGUCUGUGUUGUUUUUCUGUGUUGUUUUGGUUUUAUCCUUCAUCACCACCAAACGCUCAGAGAGGAGACACACAGUCAUCGUUUGUCACCAAGAAGUGACUUUCAUUAGCCUCCUUCUCGCUCGGAGGGAUUCUUUCCCCCAAUUUUGAAAGGCCCGAGAGGGAGUUGUGUGUGUUUCUGUGUGUGUGUCUGUGUGUGUGUGUGUGUCACUCGAUCAGACAACCGCUGGGAGUUUGUGCAUAUGCAUUUGGGUGCGCGUUACUGUUGUUGGAUUUCUCGUUUUGUUGUUUUUCAGCGCACACCCAUGCACGUGCACUCGACAAAUCGAACUGUGUGGACUUUUCCACCCAUGUGAAAGACUACUAAAUGAAGGAGGCUCAUCCCCCUCUCUGCUCUUCCUCUAACCAUCCCAUCCUCUCCUCUCUUUCCAUCCCUCGCUCCGCUCUCUCCCCUCUCUCUCUCUCAACGAGCUGGCAUCACUUGCCACCGACUCUCCCUGUGUAGCUGACGGGUCAUUUAAAUGUAAAUUAAGCUGUUAAUGUUUAAUAGACGGGCAGCGCACGUUUAUACUCAUUCACUCCUUCACUUCCCCUUUUCUUUCGACUGUGCCGUUGCUCACAGUUCAAUGCAACAUGAAGAUUGUAAUUUACAUGGAGCUGUGCUCUCUCUCUCUCUCUCUCUCUCCCUUUCUCUUUCUUUAGCUUGUUCAUUCGCUUUGUUUCUCUUUCUUUCUCUCCGUCUCUUUGUGGCUAAAUUUAGAGCUCACUGUUGCGUAUAUGGAUAUUGAUUUCUAACGGAGGAAACAAAGUCACAUGUUGCUUUAUGCAGAGACUAUAUAUGAUAAAUAAAAUGACAGUCAGUCCCUCUCUCUCUACUCUCACGUUAUUGAGUGUGUGUGAGUGCGUGUGUGUAGGACAGGAAGAAGACUGUAACCUCCCAUGAUUUAGAUACUAGAGGGUACAGCUAAUGCCAGGCCUAAGUAUGUGUGUGUGUGUUUGUAUAUACAUAAAAAUAUGAUUUACUGUGAAUAACACUAAGGCCUAAAAGGAGUGCUGUUUUUUUUUUUUUUUUUUUUAAUGACUUGUCACCUUCUUGUUCCACUGUUGAUGUCCGCUCCUGAAUAUUACUACUGUACACGUGUGUGUGGUUGUGAGCGAAUAUGCACAUCCCUUUGUUUUGGAUACAUGUAAAGAACGGAAGGUCAGUCGAAAACAGGCUUUAGCUUUGCUGCAGACGCGCACACACGUACACACAUUUUUCGCACACGCUUGUUGCUUCCACCUGGGGCCUUAACGGCGGCGGUAACACCUAGAAAUGAAGACAGGGGGGGGGGGAGCUUGAGUGCUGCCGUGGAUGAAGCGGUGCUUUAAUUGAGUGCACGCUUCGCUGCCCACCAGAUUGAUGUCUGCUGAAGGAGAGGCAAAAUUAGAGAGGAGGCUGUUGUGGGAGUUUUGAUCACUGCUUCUCGGAAAUGUCAGCCUGCUCACGAAAUGGCCAAAGACAGAUAUUAUUUGUCCUUCCGGCUGUGAUUACUUAGGUGACACACUGCUCUGCCUGUAAAAGGACUUCAUUAAUAUCUUAUAUCAACUCAAUGGCUGCAGCGACGUCAGUCUCAAUCAAUCGGGGGGCCUUUCUACUCGCAGACUGCCUGUCCGUCCAGUCCAGCGGGCUCCUCGUGUGUUUGUUUUGCUGUCUGCCAGUUAAAUGUCAGAGGGAAAGCUGCUAAUUGGUCUGACAUUUCAGCAGGGCGUCAUUAGAGGAGGGCAGCGAGAGCAGAAGGACGGAUGAUGUCAAACCUCCUGCCUCGGCGAUGACAUUUCCUCACUUUCCGCUCGUGCCCUGUUUCUUUGGGGGAAGUAGGAGGCGGCGGAAUGGGAGUGAGGCGAGGGGGAGCCAGGGGUAGGGUAGCAGGGCAGCUUCCCGCAGGUACAACCGGGAUUUUAAAACCGCUGAGCUGAAGCCAAGCCACGCUCCGGAUCGGGUUACGCUGCCUCUCAAAGCCCCCCCCUUGUCUCGCGUCUGUGAUCGAUAAGAAAUGUCUGUCUGUGUGUGAGUGCAUGUGUGGGCAAAUAUGUGCGUUACGCUCCAACCACCGUGACAAAAAGAGAAAGAAAAAAACAACAACGCACCAUCUGGUAUGUUAUCAUGUGCGAAAGCGUUAGUCCUCUUUGAAUUUGGCUAGUAAUUUCAGGGUCGAUCGUAUAGUGAUCUCUCAGCUCGUCAGCGGAGGGAAACUGUAAACUGAAUUAUUAUUAAGACAAAAUAUCUCAAAGGGUCAGUGUUUGCUGGUUUCAAGAGAAUCAUUUUGUGAUAUAGUUUAGAUAGGUAGUUUGCAGACACUAACUGGGUGAACUGAUUAUGUUGUAUUAUAUCUGCAUGUGCUAUGUGAUUGGUAGCUAGCUGCUGUAUAUCUUUUUUUCAAGAAAAGCAAGAAAAAAUAUGGGGAAAAAAACAAAAAUGCAAAUGCUUUUCUUUUCUUGGUCUAUUUUUUUUUGGGGGGGGGGGGGGGGUUCUGUACUGUAUGUAUAUUCUUUUUCUUUCUAAGCGUCCUGAAAAUGUCACAUUGUGUUAUGAAUGUUUGUGUUAUAAUUUAUUUGUGGUUUGCCAAAAUGAAGAUUUGAAGCAUGUUGCAGGUAUUGUCACAAGAAAACAAGAAGGAAAAAAAAUAACGUACUAUGAAUGAUCGCCUUUGGGGGGAUCUGGGGGAGUAAAGAAGGACAGAUGGUUGCAAAGUCUCAAAAUUUGACAUUGGAGUAUUUCCUCCAUUACAGAGGAAUCAAGAGAAUUCCUAAGCAUCCUUAAAAACUUCCCAGUCCCCACCAUGAUGUCACUACUGUCUCUUCCCAAUUGGUCCUGCUGUAGACAGUAAUGUGUUGUGCAGUCAACACAAAGAUCUGGACUUAAAGUUCCCCUGCAGUCUCACAUCUGGGAUCAGUGUGACCUCCCUAUGCUUCAAAUCUAACUUGUGAAGGGAAUCUGACCUGCGAUCAGUAAUUCUGGGCCACAUCGUCCCGCUACUGACUCGAAUGUUUGGUCGAGACAGUGGUCAUAAAAGUUCAGAAGGUGAAAGGUCGUUGCAAGACCAAACAGGAAUGUGCAAUAAAAGUUACAGCUUAUUCAA